GUUCCCAAAACCCAGUGAGGAAAAUGAAACAGGAGCUGCUCUAUCAGGGCCCUGUUUACAGCUAGAAAAUGGAAGCGCUGGCCAUUCAGACAGCACAGGUAAGCUCCUGGGUCCGGCACCUGCAGACUGAGGACACAGGCCCUGCCCUACAGGGAACCUGUAGGCCUCAAGGGAGACCAGGGCACAGGUGGCCACAUGCCUGAGGCACCUGGGAGGCUGUGCCCAGGUGCCAGGAAAUCUGAUCUGUGACUCCAAGGGGAAUUGCUACCCUGAGCAAACCCGCAACUUCUCACAAGGCAUUGUUGUCGUGUUCUUCUUAGCCUUCCCUGCCGUUUCUCUGGCUGGCUUCUCUCCUCUCGUCUCCCUAUUUACCCUUAGGACCCCUCCGUCACUGACUCCUCCCUGCACCUCCUGGAGGCCCCAGCUGCCGGAGACUCUGCACCCUUCGGUUUGCAGGUCACUGGCCAGAUGUCACAGCGUCCCUCCUGUGCCCUGGAGGGCUAGGAGUCCACAGGAGCAGCCCUUCCCGGACCAGCUGCAGAUUCACAGCUCCAAGAGAUGCUGGGAGCCACCUGCUCGUAGCCUCCUAGCCUGCAGAGGAAUCAGAAGGAAAAUCAACCCUCAACCCAAUGGGGAGCGCGACGUUCGCUGGUUCUCCAUUCCUGUGACCUCAGGGAAGCUCUUCUGGGCGCAGUAAAGCUUCUCCGCCUAGGUCGCAGCCCAUCUCUCCGCCUACACUCCGCCCAGCUCCCCCGCACCGCGUUUCUCCCAGCCCGCUGGACGGCGGUGCGCUCCAGCCUUCCAGCAGGGCUGCCCAGAACCCUGAGCUCGCCUGCCGGACAGUGCCAGCCGAGCGCGCACAGCCACCAGUGCUCCACGUCCUCACCCGCGGUGGGUAUCUCCCCACCCCUUCGGAGGAGGAGGGCCCUGAGGCUGGGCGGGGUGAUUUGUCCAAGGUUGCAGAGUGCUGACGCUCCUUCCCAGACCCCCAUGCAGACCCAAACCUCCCGGAGGAGUGUUGGGCUGCUAAUCUGUGCCCAAAGGGAAAUCUGGGCGGCUCCUCCUCUUCGCUGGCUCGGGAACUGACUGGCUGCGUUCAGGCUGCGACGGCCUGGACUUUGCUCCUGUUGUCCUCGCUAGGAACUGUCCUGGGAAUCCAUAGCUCCUUUGGACUCCGUGGAGGGAGGGUGGAGCGAGACACCCACAGCUGAGCCCGGUGCCCUCAUUACCCGGAUGGGCAGAUCCCGCGACCCGCAGGGCUGCAGGUGUGGGCUCCGGAUGAUGGUGAAGUAAGAAUUAUUUUGCUGUUGUUCAGAGAGGCAGGCUGGGAGCCUGACAGCCCCGCAAAGGCUCACCGGCCACGCCCGAAGCAUCUCCACUGCUGGAAAGCAACUCCCAGCAAUGACCCACUGGAGACUGGGCCUGGGCCUGGGGUUGUGCCUGCUGGCCAGUGCAGGCCUGUGGGUCCUGUGGCUGUGUGCAGAGAACUGGCUGCCGGUGUCCCACGUGCCCUACUACCUCCCCUGUCCAGAGAUCUUCAACAUGAAGCUGCAGCACAAGGAGGAGAAGCCACUGCAGCCCAUGAAACAGUUCCAGUACCCUCAGCCCAGGCUGGUGCAGCACAGGCCCACAGAGCUCCUGACGCUCACACCCUGGUUGGCUCCCAUCAUCUCCGAGGGAACCUUCAACCCGGAGCUGCUGAUGCGCAUCUACCAGCCCUUGAACCUGAGCAUCGGCCUCACGGUGUUUGCUGUGGGGAAGUACACCCAAUUCGUCCAGCACUUCCUGGAGUCAGCGGAGAAGUUCUUCAUGCAUGGCUUCCAGGUGCAUUACUACAUCUUCACCCAUGACCCUGCAGCCAUUCCUAAGGUCCUGCUGGGCCCCCACCGGCUCCUCGACAUCAUCCCCAUCCAAGGUUACACCCACUGGGAGGAGAUCACCAUACGUCGGAUGGAGACCAUCAGCCGGCACAUUGCCAAGAGGGCGCACCAGGAGGUGGACUAUCUCUUCUGCCUCGAUGUGGACAUGGUGUUCCAGAACCUGUGGGGCCCUGAGACCUUGGGGGACCUGGUGGCUGCCAUUCACCCAGGCUAUUUCUCUGCAACCCGCCAGCAGUUCCCCUAUGAGCGCAGGCAGGUUUCCACGGCCUUUGUAGCCGAAAACGAAGGGGACUUCUAUUAUGCUGGGGCAGUCUUCGGGGGGCGAGUGGCCAACGUGUAUGAGUUCACCAGCGGCUGCCACAUGGCCAUCCUGGCAGACAAAGCCAAUGGCAUCAUGGCGGCCUGGCAGGAAGAGAGCCACCUGAACCGCCGCCUCAUCACACACAAGCCUUCUAAGGUUCUGUCUCCCGAGUACAUCUGGGAUGCCACGAAGCCCUUGCCACCCAGCCUGAAGCUGAUCCGCUUUGCUACGCUCGUCAAGGAUAGCAGAUGGCUGAGGAGCUGACAGCAGAGCCUGGGCCACACAGUCCCCUGCCCCAGUGUAAGCCUUAGGUAGAGACCAGCCCCAUCCUGCCUCACUCUCUCUGUCACGAGUCCAGCAGGAGGAGCUGGGUGGAGAGGUGGCUGUCAGCUGUACAGGGCCGCACACCCACGGCUGCACGGUGAUCUGGCAUGAGGAUGAUGACAGGAGGAGGAGACGCGAAGCUAUAAAGGGCAGGGCCUGGCAGGCUUCCCCUGGCCAAGGACACGUGCCCCACUCAAAGUGCCUGAAGUCCUGCUGCUGUCCCCUUUGGUGGCCUAGUGCUCUUGAAGCUGCACUUUGCCCCCCCCCGUGCACAGCAGCCAGGACCCCUUACCUCUGGCUGGAGUGGUCCUGGGUACCGUGAUGCUGCCCAGCCAUAGACCGCCAGCCCCUUACUCAGAACCCCAGAGCCGGGCCUCCGUGAUGGACCCAGCCUAGGCUCCCCCUGGCCACGUGCUGGAGUCAAAUUGCCUUUCAUAAUAGUGCCUGAGGUGAUUUUCAAUAAAGGUGGUGUGGGCAACUGUUCUACUGGCUUCCAGGGAUACAGGCAGACUGGACUGCCCCCGCACUCACCCUGGGAUUACGGGGUAUGGUUAUUCCAGAAAGCCUAGGCUAAAGUUGCCUGCUGCCACAAAUGAGAACUUCUACCCAGCUCCUUGCCACAGAAAGGCAUCCUUCGAGGUCUGCAGGAGGCCUGGGUAAAUGGGAACCUGUAGCCCCACCUGGGCAUGGGCCAGCAGAGCCUGCACUGGAGGACCUCUCUGAUCAGUCCCUGGGGUCACCUCAGCCUCAGGAAGCCAUGGGGAGCUGGGGAGAGAUGGGGUGUGGUGUGGGUGGAAGACUUGGCGGCCUGGUAUCUGGCAACAUCUUUCCCAUGGCAGGAGGAAACAAUAGGUUGGGAGAGACCUGUGGUCAUGUGGGCACCCCUCGACCUGGCCCCCGAACAAGGCUGGGGGCAGCCUUGAGCCUACUCUUCUUAGAACUCCCGGUAUAGCAGGGAAGCAGGGAGCCAUCCCCGAAAUGUGAGCCCUUGGAGUCAUCAGGGCAGUAACAUGGUGUGGGCUGGAGAGGACUGGAGUCCCAGAGAGACACAAAUGGACCCAUGGAUUGUGUGUCCCCGGGAAGCAACCCCUGCCAGGGCUGUCUGGGCCACCACUCAGAGGAGGGGUCUAUGACUCGGGGCUGUGUUGAAGGAGCAGGCCCUGCCUGCAGGGAGCUUCUGCUUGGAGCACAAGGUGGCUCCUGGACUUGGAGACCAGUGGAGACCCAGAGGCCUGGGCAGCGUCAGCCUGCAGGGGAGGCUCCCAGGUUCUUACUCCCUGCCUGGCUCUGGGGCUUCGCCCAGCGUGGUGGGCCUCAGCCCCUGGGCACAAUGGCUAAUUGGAGACCCUGUGCCAGGGCACAGCCCUCGGACACCGGCUGAGCAAGUGAUGGGCAGAACCCAGCUGCUGAAACCAAACUGCUGCCCAGGUUGCUCUCCCAGCAGGUAU